AUGAACCAGGCCUUCGCUGCAGGGCCUGAGUUGCCGCCUUUGCCACUUCACCACAACUCAGGGCCGUAUUGGCGCUUUGACGGGCGGGAGGCUGCAGAGAAUCUACCCAGCUUAAACGGUUCCGAUAUACAGGCGGAGAAUAUACGGGUACAGCACCGGGUGCGAUCAAGGGCCGGUUCCACCAUAUCUUGGCUUAUCUUCGCCGUUGCUGUAGGUGUGUCUGUGUUGUUUUCACUUUGCGGUUUCGUUCAAAAAAUCAAUGGAGGUGCCACAGUCAGGCGACUUGCAGCUGGUGACGAAAGACAUGGGUCUCCUUCCUCGCAAAACCCACUAUUUGACGCCGUCAACUGGACUAAUCUGGAUGCAGAAGAACUCGCGUCGCUUUGCGCUCAACUGGGUGAGUGGAAUCCUGCUGCUCCUCUCCACGACGUUUCAACCGCAUCAGAUGUUCUUUCAGAGGUUGUUUCAAGAUCUGAAGAGGAGGGGCCCGAAAGCGCACCCCCACUUCUUCAACCGGCGACCGCCUCGCGUAUGACGCCGGCACUUCAAUUCGCUCAACAAAGUAAUAUUGGAGUGGGUGGAGACAAGCAUCUGCAAAUCGGUUCUGGUGAGACGGCUGCGGCUCGCGGUUGGGAGGCUGAUGCAUCUGCGGGCGAGGGCGAGGCCACUGUAGGGAGAGCUCGCGCUCCUGAGGGUAGCGUUGUGCAAAUUCAUCCAGGGGCUAUUCAGCAUAGGGUUGGCGACUUCCCUACAAGCAUAUUCCCCCCCGGUGUUUCGUUUUUGCCUAGCCUUUUUGCUCAUCACCCCGGGGUUGAAACCCAGGGUUUGUGGGGACAGAGUUCGCAGCAGGCGCUGCCGGCGCUCCCCCCUCUCCAACGUUUACAGCGCCAGCGCAAAAUGCUGCAUCCGGGUGAGGCGGUUGGAGCGGCCUCACCUGAGCUUUUACAUCAGAGCUUUGAUGAAGCUUCAACACUGUCAGCAGCGCCACGGUCCUCUGGAGCGUCAGCCAAGCCAGAUGGAUCUGCGUGGGGUCAAACGCAAAUGCAUCAACGAGGGCCAGCGUCUCACGAUGAUUCGGGAAGCGGGGCACAGCAGAGGAACCUGACAAGGCGGGCGUUGCUGAUGAAACCACGUAUUUUAGCGCCCCCCAGUGGCGGGCCUACUGAAAUCAGCUCUACAGCAGCAACCGUACAGCCUUCAUAUGUGGGAUCCGAAAUAUUGGUCCAUCCGUUUGUUCGGUUGCCGACGCUGAAUCCAGAUGUAAGACCGGAAGAUAUCAUAUUAGACCAUUGGGAUGACUGUGGGAGAUAUGAGCCAUUAAUUAAUAACCUUAAAGUCAUCAGACGCAUCUCCCUGCAAGGAAUGAUCACUCUCCAGGAGGCAAAUCAAAUGGUCAGUGCCGCGCAGAAGCUAGCCACUCGCGCUCUUUUUUCUAUGGCUUCUUCUGUUGACAGCAUGAAGCCUUCUGGAGCAGCAGAAUCAUUGGGGCGUCGAUUCUUGGUGUUCAAUGCUUUCUAUGCAGUUUUGCGCGUGGUCGGGGAAACUGAAGAGCUGAGAAAAUUGUGGGACGCAAUGGUUGCGAGCGUGCCUACGAGGUACUCGCACAUUCCCCGGCUUCCUGUUGAGGGAAAGUACGGAUUCUACUAUACACUAGCAAAGCAGCUGAGUGCAGCCCUGGAAAUGUACAAGCUUGGCGGUGAGCCCGCAGAUGAAGAGAUCAUUGAACUUAAGCGUAAAAUGUUCUGUAUGAAGUUUUCUCCGAAAUGUUUUCUUGGACCCUCAUGGACCCCUUGGAGGACAGAUGACCCUCAACCCCACUAA